AUGGACGAAGACUUUGAGGAAAGGCAUAUAUACCUCAGGCUGUGUCGACGUGUCGCCGGCAUUUACAAACAACCCUUCGCCGACCUCACUGCGAUGUAUCAAGUAACCUUGCUCUUUCUGCUGCCUUUGAUUGCCCUCCUUUUCCGUCGCCGUGUUCUCCAACGUCGGGGACUCCCCCUUCCUCCUGGCCCUCCGGGACAUCUGCUAUGGGGUAAUUUAGAGGAUCUCAAGCAGAAGAAGGACGAACCGCGUUGGGUCACGUACAAAAAUUUAUCCCGCCAAUACGGCGAUGUCUUUUAUGCAGAAGUAUUCGGAGACGAGACGGUCAUUCUGAACUCGUACAAAGCGACGACAGAAUUGCUAGAGAAGAGGUCGAGGAACUACUCUGACCGGCCACAUAUGAUCAUGGCAGACGAUUUAAUGGGAUGGGCAUGGGACUUCGUACACAUGAGCUACGGUGACAACUGGAGAAUUCACCGAAAAACUUUCCAUCAAUAUUUUCAGCAACGGAACAUUCCAGAGUUUCAUGUGGUCCAGAAGGCUGCUGCGAAGUCACUUUUGAGAAAACUUGCAAUUUCCCCGGAAGAUUACUACGGCCAUGUCAAACACCACGCAGGUUUCAUCAUUCUGAAACUCGCCUAUGGGUACGAGCUACAAAGUAACGAUGACCCGUAUGUUGACCUCGCCGCCAAAGCCCUGGCGGCAAUAACACAGGCUGUGAAUCAUGGCGCGUUUGCAGUGGACUACCUCCCAAUCUUGAAGCACUUGCCAUCUUGGUUUCCUGGAGCAGAAUUUAAGCGAAAAGCGAAGGAUUGGGCACCGUUGGCGGUAGAAGUGAGGGAGCUACCUUGGAGAUUGAUGAAGAAAGCUCUGGUUGACGGUACCGGACCUCCGUCUUUCGCUAGUCAAAAUCUCGAGAAAUUCUCGGAAGACCCGGGGAUGGAGGAUAUAAUCAAAAACUGUGCUGCCAUUGCAUACAUCGCGGGUUCCGACACGACAGUGGCUAUGCUUCACUCUUUUAUUCUGGCAAUGGUUUUGCAUCCAGAUGUUCAAUCGCGUGCUGAGGAUGAACUCAACGAGAUAGUGGGGUCGUCUCGACUACCAGACUUCGAGGAUCGAGGAAAACUCCCUUUCGUCGAAGCGAUUCUGGCUGAAACGUUGCGUUGGCACCCCGCUGUGCCUCUUGACAACGACGUGUAUGAAGGCUACAUUAUUCCGGCCGGGGCGACUAUCGUACCCAAUACAGGGCAAGUUUGA